GGGCCGGGCCGGGCCGAGGGGAUAUUGGCUCCGGCUACCCGGGCAGGUAGCGGAGGAAGGAGGAAGCGGACUGACGGACGGACGGACGGGCGGACAGACAGACAGACAGACAGACAGACAGACAACAGGCGGCCGGCGUAGUCUGAAGAAACGAGGACUGUUGCAGAACGUGGCAUUGUGUGGGAAAGCCGAAAGGAAAGCCAUGUUGUCUGUGAAAGGUGAUGUGUAAGGGAGGGGAAGAGAGGAGAAGAGCUUGCCCCUACAUACUGAAAAGGUGAAGCAGAGUUGGGCUGAGGAGUACAGGCCAGUGCAUGAGAAAGUGUCACGCAGUGAGAAAUGAUGAGGAAGUGGGGAGGAAACAAGGCACAGACCAGACAGAAAGGACAAGAACUGCAGUGUGGACCUGACGAGUUUCUUUCCUCUGGAGUCAGUAGAAGGACUUCUACCAUGAGUAAUUCUACUGCAGAUACAGCUAAUGGGAAUGAUGAGAAGAAAUUAAAAGAAGGCAGAUCUCCAAUCUCUCCUUCUCGUGUCCUUCAUCUUCGUCAAAUUCCAAGUGAUGCCACUGAAGCAGAAGUCAUUUCAUUAGGUCUCCCUUUUGGCAAAGUGACCAAUCUCUUGAUGCUAAAAGGAAAAAGUCAGGCUUUUUUGGAAAUGGCUUCUGAAGAAGCUGCUGCUAAUAUGGUGAACUUCUAUACUUCUGUUACACCUCUCCUCCGCAGUCAGCCUGUUUAUAUUCAGUAUUCCAAUUACAGAGAACUUAAGACUGACAAUCUACCUAAUCAGGCUAGAGCCCAAGCUGCAUUGCAAGCUGUGAAUGCUGCACCAGAUGCUCUUGCUGCUGGAGGUGGAGUCGUUCCAGGUCAAGGUUCUGUUCUUCGAAUCAUUGUUGAAAAUGUUUUCUACCCUGUCACUUUGGAAGUGCUGUAUCAGAUUUUCUCUAAAUUUGGACCUGUCUUGAAGAUUAUCACCUUCACAAAGAACAAUCAAUUUCAGACCUUGCUCCAGUUUGCUGACCCAACCAACGCAUACUAUGCCAAAAUGGCUAUGGAUGGCCAAAAUAUCUACAAUGCGUGCUGCACUCUGCGUAUAGAAUUCUCCAAGUUAACAAGCCUUAAGGUAAAGUACAACAAUGAUAAAAGCAGAGAUUUCACUCGCCUUGACCUUCCCUCUGGUGAUGGCCCUCCAGUCAUGGACUCCGCCAUACCUGCUUCCUUUGGCUCCCAUGGCAUUGUGUUGCCACCAUAUGCAGGGCCUGCUGGAUUUGUCCAAGCCGUGGCCUUUCCUCAUGGUGCUGGUCUUGCAGUUCCAGCUGUCGCUGGAGCACUUGGUUCUCUUGCAGUCCCCACAUCUGCAGCACCUGGGCGGAUAACUAUUCCAGGUGUUACUGGUGUUCCAGGAAAUUCUGUUUUACUGGUCAGCAACCUCAACCCUGAGGCCAUCACACCACAUGGACUUUUCAUCCUAUUUGGUGUGUAUGGUGAUGUGCAUCGUGUGAAGAUCAUGUUUAAGAAAAAAGAAAAUGCUUUGGUUCAGAUGGCAGAUGCAAACCAGGCUCAACUAGCUAUCAGCAACUUGAAUGGACAGAGGCUUUAUGGGAAAGUCCUCCAUGCUACUUUUUCAAAGCAUCAGUUUGUUCAACUGCCUCGUGAAGGACAAGAGGACCACGGUUUGACAAAGGACUAUAGCAACAGCCCUUUACAUCGCUUUAAGAAGCCUGGCUCUAAGAACUUCCAAAAUAUCUUUCCUCCAUCUGCCACCCUGCAUCUCUCCAACAUCCCGCCUUCUGUUUCUGUUGAUGAUCUGAAGAACCUUUUUGCAGGUACUGGAUCUACUGUGAAAGCCUUCAAAUUCUUCCAGAAAGAUUGCAAAAUGGCUCUUAUCCAGCUGGGCUCUGUGGAAGAAGCAGUUCAUGCUCUCAUUGCGCUUCACAAUCAUGACCUUGGAGACAACCAUCACCUCCGAGUUUCCUUCUCAAAAUCUACAAUCUGACUUUUCUGUGAACAUUCCUUUUAAGACAGCAUUGCAGUUUUGGUUAAAAUCUUCAAAUAGAGACUGAAGCAGCUGUGACCAACUCUGCCUCUUAAAAGAAAAAGCUUAUUCAUACACACAGCGAAGAAUUAGGGGAUGAUCUUUUCGAUUGUAGCUGCCAGUAUGUGAUCAACAUUUAAUAUUCAUUCAUAAAAAGAUCUUCUACGAAAUGUCUUUUAGAAAUAAUAUUUAUCAUCAAAUUUCCUACUUAGAAUUUUCUUUUGAGGAUAUCUUUUUAGUUUUUAUUCCAAAUCAGCCUUACAAAACAUUUUGGAGUGCUUUUACAAUACACCAAACAACAAAAAAAAAAUCUAACAAAAUGAUGAGUCUACUCUACAUAUAUUAAACACUAAUUUGAAUGUGAAAUAGUGCUUGGAUUUCUUGAAGAAAAGCAAGCAUUGACUGUGAGUGCCCUCUGAAUAGUAUUUAUGUUACUGAGGUGUGUGUUCAUACUUUGGCAAAUCUUUACAACUAACUUUUUUUAGAAAACAAAGUCUAUGCUGUUCGUAUGGGUUAAAUUAUUAGAGAAAAGGCAGUGCCUUCUCGCUGUGGAAUAAAAAAUAUUUGAGUUUCUUCAAGAUGUGAUAUCAGAGAUUUAGCUUGACUUCAUCAUGUAAUGGAAGCUUGAUGUGUUAUUUUUACUACAAAGUCGUGUUGUGUAAUAGUAUUUUGGAGAAUAUAAGAGGGGAAAAUAGUCCUGAUUUCAAAGAGUUUUUUACAUUUCUUUAAAGAAAAACAUGUUUACAAUCUUAUAGAAAAUAUUCAGGUCUAUGACGGUUUAAUGAAUUUUUAAGAAGUUAUUUUUGGUAAGGUCAUAUUUGGGGAUGAAAAAUUAAACCUCAGCAGUUUUUUGUACCACUAUGGUUACUGUGUAUUUACUUAGUUUCUUAUUAUGUGCCUUACUAUGUGCUUAAGAUAAAAUAGCUUUGAGUUUUACUGAAGUAGCUUGAAAAAUGUAUUGUGGGCUUUUCAAAUUCUCUUGUUUCUGUUUUUGUAAAUAUUUUCCUUGCUACUUCGUUUGUAUUAUUUUAUUUUAUUUUUUUCAGUAAGUAACACUCUGAAUUCUAGUUACUGGUGCUUUGAUGUAGAGAUAGGGCAGAGGUGGGAAAGAGGUUUAACUCAUUGUACAAUCCUGUAGGCCUCUUUGAACUUUGCUGGUUGCAGUUGUCUGAUACCCAUAUUUGACUGGAAAAAAAAACAACAACAAAAUCCCACACAGAAAAAUGCACCAAAGCAAACAAACAAACAAAAUCUCUACAGAAAAGUAAAAGAGCAAAUUCACUCCAGUUUGUGGACUUUAUCAAACUUUUUGAGAGACAGUGGCUGUAUCAGAUUAUUCUCUUCCAGGUUCCUGCGUUUUCAUCCCAAUAUUGACCUUAAAGGGCAUUCUUUCCUUUAUAGAUAUCAAAAAGUUCAAUCCUGAUUGUCCAUUUCUAUUUGGAGAAUGAGCUGAGAUGCAGUUAGUUUGUGUUGAAAGUACAAAUGAACUUUACUGAUUUCUGACUGUAUUUUAAGAAAAAAUACAUUUUUAGUUCUUUUUCUCUUUAGAAUUUAUAAAAAAAAUGUCAGUUUUUGAAGAGGUGAUAUCAUAGCAUUGCUUACUUAAAACUACCGUAGUUCGUUUCUGCAGUAAAGUUUUGCAGCUUACUCAUUUUUCUCAUGAUUUCUUUUUAUGAGUUGGAGGAUUUUCCCUAUUUUCUAGAUUAGAGCGUGUAUUUCUAGCACGCUAGAAAUUUUGGAGUAAACUUCUUCAAACAGUUUCCCUGAAUUACAUUUGUAAAAUCAGUGAGAUGCUGCCUUGCCCUUUAGCAAUGUCUGUAACUUCAUUAGAAAUGCAGCAGCCAACCGUAGUGAAGAAGGUGCCAGAUCUCUAUACCACAACAAAAACGUGCUAUUUGGCAGUUGGUAAAGUGCUGACUAUGUAGGUAGCCAUAGUAGGUGCUGUACACAAGUAAAUAAUUAUUCAGAAUGUAAUAUUUGAUGGAAAGUUACUGUGGUUUAGGUAUAGCUAUGUUGUCUUCGAGAUUUGAGGUAGUCUUUCCGUUUUACCCUCUUUUAUUCAGUUUGGUGAAUUUUCAAACUUUCUUUUUUUUUCCAUGAAAAUUAAUUCUGUGGUGCCAGAGCAGCCUAGAAAGUAUCAUCUUUACAUUUUCAGCGAAGGACAGUUGUAGACAGCCUUGUUCAUUUGCAGAUAGAACCAUUUUCAACAAGACAGCUAAUUCGUAACUCACGUCUGCGUUCAGCCUUCUUAGCAGUCACAUUGAUAACAGCUCCAGACAGCUGCUGAACUGAGAACGCUUCUUGUUACUGCACAUCAAGUGGUUUGAUAGUAUUAAGACAUUAUUCAUAACAUACGAUUUGUCACUUUUUUUGAAGAGCUACAGCCACAGAGGAGAGAAGUCAUAUUAGACCUGAAUGUAACUCUAAAGCAGGGAAAAGGAACCAUAAAUUUGAGAGUUAAUAUUGACAUAUAUAAUAUCAGAAGCAGUAUAUGUAUAUUGUCUGUAUAAAAUGUUAUAUGUAUAUACAAACAGACAAAUUAUGUGCCUUUUUAAUUUGUUGACUAUAGUAACAGAAGGUGAGAAUGCUUAAAUAGAUGUAAGGGGAUAAAUGAAAGGGCCUUAAAUAAAUGUAAAGGGCCUACAACAUUCUCUCAGAGAGAGGAAUAUAUUUUUGUUUUUGUCUUAAUGUUAGGUAUAGCUAAUGUCAGCUCUGGACUGCUUGCAGUUUGAAAUGUAGAGGCCUACAGUUUAAGUUGCCAGAUAUUUACAGAUCUUUAAUUUAAGAGAAAUCUGGGUAGUAGAUAUUUAUGAUCCUAUGGUUUAUUUUGUUUGUUUGUUUUUGCUGUUGUGAUACAUUUAUCCUCUGUCUUUUUAUAACUUUCUUUUGUUGUUGCUCUGUUUCUUUAGUUGAGUUGUUCUCAUGAACUUGCAUCUAGGUUGGUGUGCAUCGUAGAGAUUGUGCCUCUGACGGAGACCUGCUUGUACGAAAAGUGCAGGCGGGCUUCAAAAAUAGCAGUACGUCUUCAUGCUUGCUUAACAGACAGAUGGUACUAGUUAAGGCUAGCUUAUGUCAUUCAGUAUUCUGCCUUGAAUAAUUACAGGCAAAAACCAGUACUAUAAUGCACCGUUAGCGGAGGAUCAGGAUGGCAGGAGUAAUUCUCAUGCUUUGUGCUUGACUCAUCAGUGCCUGGCUGCAAAAGCGCAGUUGCAUCUCAGUUCAUGGCUCUCAAAAGCAUAUACGAGCUUGGGAUCGGUGAAAAGAGCAGGACUUGGGAAAGAAUGGUUUUAUCCUACAGAUCCUUACACAGGAUGUAGGUUCUUACAGAUGCACGUUGGAAAAGAACCUCUGAAGGCUUUAGUCCUACCUCUCACUAAGAUUAGGGCCAACUUUGAGACGAUGUUCAGAGAAUUGUCCAGAGUUUUCAGUAUUUCUGAGAAUGGAUAUUUCACAAAUACUGAGCCACAGCUGCAAUGUUUGACUGCCCUCAUUGUGAUUUUUUUCCCUUGUGUAAUCAGGCUUUAAGCAUAUUGCAUCCUACAUGCGUUGCCUUCUGUGCUAUUACUGUGCAAUUCUCAAAGACGUUCCUGGCUCCAUCUUCUCUAUACUCUGGCAUUAAGUUGUUAAGGAGAAGUUAAUACUUUCUUUAACGUAAAUUCUUAGUUCCCGUUUAAGUCAUUCAUGGAGUACCCUGUAAUGUGUAUAAUGUAACUCAUAAGUUGUACUCUAGAACACUAAUGUUUAAAUCCUGACCGUGGCUGCCAGCAAUGGCUGAUGAUGGAGUUCUCUGCCUUUAUGUAUACCAAGUCAAAAAUCAGCUCUGGGUUACCUCCAACUCUAUUUUUUUUUUUUUUGGUGGAAGCACGCUUGGUUCAAAGUGUAGUAAGGCCUUUUUUAGCAACCGGGGAUGUCCCUUAGUGCCUUUUCAAUUGCAAUUUGUUGCUUAAUGGUAGAACUUUUACAUCCAAGUUCUUUAAAAUGUCUUCGAAAACUGGAACAAAUUGCUUCAGGGGAUGGCGAACCUGGGUUUGUAUGCUGAGAAAACUACUUACCUACUUACCCUUGUUGAAAAAAAAAUUGCCAGCGUGUCUUGCUCUCUGCAGAUUCAUUCAUUUUGUUUAGCAAAGCGAUGAGGUUUUUAUUCUGUUUUGGUUGUGGACCUACUCUUAUUGUAUACGAGUAGCACGUACUGCUGUUUUUCAAGUGAGAGGGUAACUGCUUAUAAGAAGCUUUUUUUUUUUUGUCUUUUUUUUUGUUUUUUUUGCUUCAACCUUUUGUCUUGGCAUGGUGCUGUCCAAAGCAGACCUACCAAACUGAGUGUAUUUCCAGUUGUGCUGAAAGAGGUAGGGUUCAGAUUAUACUUUUUUUUUUUCAUUACCUUCAUCUUCUGUCUUCUGAAGAUCUCUUCGCUAUAUACAAGGCUGUUUGCCUGUUCUUUUUAAAGCAAAACCUAACAGUUAAGAAUUGUGCAUUAUUUCAUGAAAGAACAGAAAAAUCCUGAAAUUCUUAAUUUCAGGGCUUUAUUGUGUAGGGUGGGCAGGGACCAACACAAAGUGGGACCAAAGUUUAUGUGCCUUCUGUAGUCCUAUAUGUAGGGUUUUUUUUCUAUCUAUUGCUGGUUUAAGUAUAAUAAAUACCUUUUUUUUUUCCCCCUUGAAAUGGUAUAUUUAUAUUGUUAAGAAUGAAUGUUGUCCACUGACUAUACAAGCAGUCAAUUGCAACUUUCAAUACAGAUGUAAUUAUAUCUUUGCCUUUACCACUGCAGUAUUCUGUUUUAUUUUAUUUUGUACUGCAGUAUGCCAGAAUCCAAGCAUAAUCCAGAUAUUUCCAAUUUAGAAUUGUCACAACAGCUUGUGCCUGGAGCAGUCCCCAACAAAUAAAAUGCUUACGUAGUUGAAGGUCCUUGAUAGAUGAUGAAAGCCUUUACCUUAGAUUAACGUCACCACUGUAAACAGUUUUCCCCUUCUUGGAAACUGUGCAUUAUUUAUGAUGAGCGAGAACCUAACCACCUAUGUACUUAGCCCAUUUUAAGCACUUUCCAAUCUUUCUUGAGUGUACUGUCGACUUUCUGCAAAAUUUCACCCUAGAACUGCAGCAGCAAAUUAAGUUGGAGCGGCUAACCAAGCAGAUUCUUGCAUCAGUGCAUCACGUUCUGUGAUCAAAGACUGACUGUACCAGUUUUAGUGAGAUGUGCUGUGAAAACGUGUUUCCUCUCUGAUGGGAAAGACCCAGUGCAAAGUGGACUUUAGUUGAGACUGCUGCUGGUAGGUGAAACUCGUAGUAGAAAAUGAGGUCACAAAGGGAACCAAAUGGUGUAGGGUAAGGAGUUAACGGGCUACUUUUAGUACUGUAUUCAAGACACACAAAAGCAUGACUAGGAAUUACUGACAUUCCUUCAUUUUACAUUAUCUGUUCAUAAAAGUCCCUUCUUGGUUUAUAGAUGUGUUCGUCUAACACAAGAAAAUGCUGUAAAUAUGUGUAACCUUUUUUUAAACCUGGCAAAAACUGUUUUGGGGGACAAAUGAAAGUAUAAAAUGCUUUUAUAUAUAUAUUAAAAAAAAAAUCAAUUGUCUUGUAUAUUUUAAUAAACAACAGUACCAGCUUUCAUUUGUAAAGCAGCUUCUGGCAUUGGAGAAAAAGGAUUCCAUGUUUGUUGAGAUGAUUUAUAUUACAGGGGCAAAGAUGAUGUAAUAUUAAAAAAACAAACAAACAACACAACAACAACAAAAACUAUUUUCUAAUUGUGUAGUGCAUGGUUAGAUUGAAAUUGUUUACACUGCAAUAUAUGGUUUCCUUUAGAUUUGUGUAUUUGCUGAUUACUUGGUAUCUACACCUAACUCUUUUCCUAACUCUAGUUGUUGUAGCAUGCCUUUUAAUAAAUGUCAUUACAUCUGUACUCACUU